GAUUUCAUUUUCAAGAUGGAAAGCCCAUCCGACUCAGCUGUGAUUUUACCUAGCACUCCACGGGCCUGAGCCAAUCCACCAUCUCCCCGUAUAAGUAGCACAAGAAAACAACCUAUGAGUGCAACACUUAGAGAACGAUUAAGGAAAACUAGAUCUUCAUUUAAUUCCUGUUACAGUGUGGUGAAACGUCUUAAAGUAGAGAAUGAAGAAAAUGAUCAGACUUUUCCUGAGAAACCAGCAUCUUCAACAGAAGAAAACUGUUUGGAACUUCAAGAAAAUUUUAAAAACAUAGAUGGUGAAUUCAAAGAAAGUACAUAUUUGAAAAAUACCUUCAAGAAUAUCAGUGCAUGUGUAUCUAAAUCUCUUGAUACUGAGUCAUGCAGUGAUCUCCAAAGUGACUUUGUGAAUGAGGAUCUUCCCAAACAAGGAUUAAGUGAAGAAGGAACAAAAUUGGUGAAGCAGAUUGAGGAGAAAGAAGACGUUCUUCGCAGGCUAAAACUGGUCAAAAUGUAUAGAUCAAAGAAUGACCUGUCUCAGUUACAGGUGUUAAUACAGACGUGGAGAAGCUGUAGCCAGCUGUUACUUUAUGAGUUGCAGUCAGCUAUGUCUGAGGAGAACAACAAACUCAGCCUUACUCAGUUGAUAGACCACUGUGGGUUAGAUGAUAAAUUGCUACACUAUAACAGAAAUGAAGAAGAAUUUAUGGGUGUUUAA